UAUAAAAGCUAGAUCGUGAAUCUGUCAUGUCUGUACUGCUCUCCUCGGACAGCGGCCCGGCCAGAGGCGGAGUCCUCGACAGAAGAAGAGGCAGCAGCAGGUUGAGCGUUAAGAAACUUGGAGAGAGUGACAGUCUGGACGAUGCCCGGCAGGAGAUCCAGGAGCUGCAUCACAGCCUCAACUCCAACAUUGUCCUCAGGAAGCAGACCAUAGCAGAGGAGAACGUUGAGCGUUCAGAUGGGCUCAUCCAUAAAAAUAGCUCCGUAAAGCACAGCAAGACCUUCCACAAACUGUUCCAAGAGAUUCCUGUCGGGGAGAACCUCAUGCAGACGUUUUCCUGUGCCUUGCAGAAGGAGGUACUGUAUCACGGAAAGCUCUUUGUGUCUGAGAACUACGUGUGUUUCUACUCGUCAGUGCUGCUGAAAGACACCAAGGUGGUGAUUCCUGCGUCCAGCAUCCAGGGGGUGAAGAAACAUAACUCUACUUUAUCUAUGUUGUCUAUUCAAACUGCUGAUGGAGAGAAGCACACGCUCGUGUCUUUGAGGCACCGCGAGCUGUGUUAUAAACUCCUCCAGGCGGUCCACUCACACGUGCAGGAGCCGGGCGUCAGCAGCAGCCCUCACGUCUCCUCGCCAGAGAAUGAAGCCGAUCACGGCGUGCCCUCCAGUUAUUCCAGUUUGGAGGACUGUGGAGACCUCAGCAGAGAGAACAGCAUUCAUCUGGACAACGCCUUUCCUCUGAUGUCCAGUGAAGCCACUACGAGACGCAAUUCCACCCUUCAAAACACAGACCAAGACACCCGAGCUGUAUCCUGGAUUUGGAGAAUCACUGAGAGGGUGUCACCGCUCUUGUUGCUCAGAGAAAUGAGGACUCUCAGCGCUCUCUUCUACGUCUUCAUGAUGCUGACGGUGCUGCUCCUGCUGGCGUCGGGGUACAUCGGGCUGAGGAUCAUAGCCCUGGAGGAGCAGCUGAGCGAGCUGUCUGUACAACACGGAGGGUACCAACAGGUGGAGCCAGUGCCAGAGAGAGGCCUGUGACGAACCUGGGAGGAACUAAUGUGGAUCGGCGUUCUGUUUGGUGCAUUGAUCCCGGUCCAGGCUCCCAAUAGCAUCUCCGCAGUGGGGCUCGGUCCUUUUCACACACAGCACAUCUUUCAGUUAAAUGUACAAUAUUGUGCACAAACGGGUUCUCUCGCAGUAGAGAUGGAUCUCCUGUGUGAGUGCCCUCUCUCUGCAGGAUGCAGGUCAGCCAUAGGAUGCUUUUUGGAUGUCCGAACCAGGCGGCCACACACGGUGAACUCCUCGGAUGACUGACUGCUCUGGCAGAGAAGUAACAGCACAUUAUUUAUUUGGAGCACAUUCAAUCUCUGCUGACAAAUCCAAUAUUGCGGCGAGGAUCUCGUGGACUGAGCCAUAUGGAGGCGGCCUUCUGAAGCCAUGUUUAUUUCCUUGGCCGGUGAACAGCUGAGCUCAGCAAGCUGAGUCUUGGCCGUCGUUAUCUUGAAUCAACACAACCUGCAACAGUGAGACCGCACACAAAGUGCUACGCGCUUAAUUGUUGCCCGUUUUAAAAUGGUUCGUGUGGAAUGAGGAUUUACAUUUUCUGCAUAAACUGCUGGAAUGUCGUCACGUUUUAGGAAUAAGACGAUGACAGUAGACAGCCAGCAGAGGGCAGACACUCCCAUUAAACACUGUCACCGAGCAGGAUUCACUUGCACUAAUGCUUACAUGAAGUUUAAUGUUGCCACAAACUGUAACUGUAGAUAACUGUACAUCUGCCUUAAUAUUGUGUGAAUUAAAAAACUAUACAUGCA